AUGGAGUCAAUGUCGAGAGCUCAGCACAGAAGAAAGCACUCCAGCAAGAACAGCUUCUCGUUCAAGAACCCGUACGACGACGUUUUCCUGUCGACUGUGGGCGAGAGGGAGUCGUUGGGAGCUCGCGACUACGCAGAGAUUUUCUCUGGGUCUUCUUCCAUCCCCGUGCUUGACCUUUCGGGCCUGGACGAGCAGGUAGGGUCGGCCGAUUGUCGUAGUUCGAAGCUCGAUUACAACAACAUUUUUGGCGGAUUUAGGAAUGACGAUGUCGGAUUGCCGUAUGAGGAGCUUUUCAGUGGUUCUGCCAAGAAAACUAAGCUGCGGAAUACAAAACGUGGGGAAGAAUCAGGUUCUGCACACGCUUCACGAAAGCCAAAAAUGUCAUGUGGGGAGGCCUCUGAUAUAUCUGCUGAUGGGGUUAAUAAACAGUUCAACAUGUCUUUCAAUAAAACAACCCAAAUAAAUACCGAUGAGUCAAAUGGGAAAACACACAUAGCACAGCUCCAUGCUGUUCCUGGGUUUACUUGUUUUGUCGAUGGAAAUCCUCGGAUGCAAAAAAUGAAUGAAGGAAAGACUAUGAAUUCAAUAAAACGUGAAGUUAGUCGAACCUGGAGCUUCAGUGCUGAAGUCGGAGGUUUUAAGAGUGAAGGUGGAUUAAAAAGCAAGAACUCACAUGUACCUGAAAAGUCGCACAACACAGACGGCGUUAGUCUUGAACCAAACUUCUCGAAAGUUCCUCCACCUUCAAGUUGUCCACCUAAGACGAACGGUGGUAAGCAUCCUGGGCGAUCAAGGGAAUCAGAUUUUGUUUCGAAAAAAGAAGUGCCAGAAAAUAUUGCUGGUGGUGAUUCUUGGCCACCUUACUUUGGUGACGAUUUUGGUGAAAAUUCAGUUGCUGCUGAAUCUGUUGCUGUCUUGAAGAGAGCCAUGGACCAGGCUCAAGAAAGUAUAAGAAUCGCCAAAAUGAUCAUGGACAGGAAAAAAGAUCUUCAGAAUGGUCCUAAGCCUAGCGCAAAGGCCCGCUCGAAAGUUUCGGAGAAGGGAGAUAAGGUUGAUAAUGAUUCUUAUGGUUCCAGAAAGAACAAUACUAAGAGAAAAGAUGAAGAAUUAGAUCGUACGCAUGCUAUGUUUGACGGGACUGAUGUACACUUCACUCAAUCCUUCAGUCACGAUGAUACAUUUGUUAGUGCUCCACCUAUUGAGGUAAAAAGGGUAUGGAAAAAUGCCGAAGAAGCUAAGGAACAUAGAAGGGCUUUCUCAGAAGGCGGUAAGUUGUUCUCAUCGAAUGUCAGUCAGAGGGACUCGCUUUAUAUGGAUGAAAAGAUUGAAUUGGGAAAGACUGGGAGAAGUGUUGAAGAAGCCAAGACGUGCAAUGAUAAUGAAGGAAGUGGUUUUCCUAUAUUAGUGGCCAACGAGUCUAACUCUGCAAAUUUGGUGUCCACCAGCAAACUUGCAUCUCGCAGUGGGUGUUUGGAAACUGUCGAAGAUGACUUGGAAGAAGAAGUUACCAUCCUUUGUACAGAAGGACCUGGAAGAGCUUUCGAUGCAUCUCAAAGAAUGCAAGAGCUGGGAAAGAGUGUGGGGGAAGCUGAACAGUGGCACCUGCCACUGAAUCAUGUAAAAGAACCAGAAUGUAAGGUUGAGAGGGUUAUUAAUACUUCUGAAAGGACUCAAAAACUGGAUAAGGAUUUUGGUGACACUGGUGAAUGUCUGAGAAUCAGCCAAGAGGAUGAUGUUUUUGAGGAGAGAGGAAAUGACAUGGAUGAUAAAGGGAAGGAGAUGCGUGAGGAAAUGAGUACUGUAGAACAACUCACAUUUCUGAAUUUUCUUAAAGACUCGUCUAAUCUGGGAAUGAAUGAAACUCUAGCACAAAUUGAGACAGAGAGGGAAUCAGAAAUUGUCUCUGAGAACAAAGAAAAUGGAUAUAUUGAAGGAACUAAUGAUGAAGAGGCUUACCUAUGGUUCGAAAGUGAAGAGCAGAUCAAGGAAUCCCUGAAGGAAGAAAACGAUGAGACUGACCCUCAGCCUGUUGUCUUUCAAGAAAAAGAAGUGGUUGACAAUAGGAGAUUUAUUGAGACUCUUGAGCUAGAAAAUGACAACCUAAAACAGAAUCAUGUUCUUGAUAGAAAUGAGCCUGAAUUACCUGAAGAGCGCGAGCAGGAAAUUACUGAAGAGAUACGUGUGAACACUUCUGAGAGCGAAUCACCUGAGACAAUGACCACUGGGGCCGAUAACUGUGCUGGAAUUCAGAAGAUCGCACUUUCAUAUGAUUCAGAGGAAACUAAUGACAUAAUCGAAGAAAAACUGAACAAUUUUCAAUAUGAGGAUGCUUUUGAGGAACAUAUUGCUGAAGCUGUUGAUUUGGAUAGUGGUUCUUCCGGCACCAUCUUCAGUGAGGCCCAAAUUUAUGAUAAUAGCACCGACAUCAAUGAGAAUCAAGAAGCAGGCAGUGGUUUUGAUUUGGAGAAGAAUUCGGAUGAAAGUCAUAAGAGUUUCAAAGAAAAUGAUUCUGCAUCCGAAGCAAUUGAAUCAUUUUCUGGAACGCAUAAGGACACGAAGGUUGAGCCUUCGUUUGACCUCGACGAUAUUAAUGAUUUUUCCAGAACAGAAAUCUUGCGCCGAGUUGCCUCCGAGGAGGUUUUUCUUGCGAGCAAACUGCAUAAUACCUUUGAUAAUCUUCCUUCUGACGGCAAGCUGGAAAAUGCUGGUGUCAUGGAUGAUGCAGAUCCUCAAGGGCAACUACCGGAAGAUGACGGUUUAUCCUAUGAAACCAGUGAGAUUCAUGAUGUUGCUCAAGAAUCUAAGAUCAGUGGAGAAAAUCCACCUGAGUUCAAUUCAUCCAAUACGCAUUCAUCAGAACUUGAUGUCACGGAUGUACGACAGGUGGCAGAACAAACUUGCACGAGUGACAGAGGAAAUUUUGUAUCAACCUCCACCCUUGAAAAUAUGGACAGGGUUUCUGCUCAAGAAUCUGAAGAAUGUGCAGAAGGUACAAAUGACAGAAUCCUUGCCAAUGAACUACCAAAAGAUGAACUUGAACCGAAUUCUAAUGAGAGCCAACCUGCUGAAGAACAAAGCGAAAAGAUACAUUCUCAGUCACAUGUAGGACCCAAAGAAAUGGAAAACAUUAUGGAAAGUGAAGACAAUGAUGAGAAUGUUGUUAGAAUCUCAAGCAUGAAAGCUAAAGACACCAACGAAAUGGAAAAACCUGUGGAAAGUGAAUACAAGGAGAAUCUUGGUAAAACCUCAACCACAGAAGCUAAGGACAGCAAAGCAAAUCCACAGAACUCAGACAAAGAUGAUUACCAGCAAAGAAUAGAAGCCAUCAAGAGGGGACGGGAGCGCGAAAAGGACAGAUUAGCAGUCGAGAGAGCCAUACGUGAAGCUCGUGAAAGAGCGUUUGCUGAAGCCCGAGAAAGGGCGGAAAGAGCUGCUGUGGAGAGAGCAGCCACUGAAGCUCGUCAAAGGGCGAUGGCGGAGGCCCGGGAGAAGGUUGAGAAGUCUUCUCAUGUGAAGCAAACAGUGGAGAAAUCCUCCAAUGAAGCCAAGCUUAAGGCUGAACGUGCUGCUGUAGAAAGAGCCACAGUGGAGGCUCGUGAGCGAGCGCUCGAGAAAGCAAUGUCUCAGAAAACAACUUACGCUGAGGGGAGGACAACUGAAAAGGUUUCUGGGUCUUCAAGGAAUAGUGGAUUGAAGCACAGCUUUUCGUCCUCGGAUUUGGAGAAUGGAACUGAAUCUGCACAGAGACGUAAAGCGAGGUUAGAGAGACAUCAGAGGAUAAUGGAGCGUGCGGCAAAAGCCCUCGCUGAGAAGAAUAGGAGGGAUCUUCUUGUACAGAAAGAGCAGGCUGAGAGAAAUAGACUAGCUGAAUCACUCGAUGCUGAAAUUAAGAGAUGGGCUACAGGAAAGGAGGGGAACUUGCGUGCACUUCUUUCAACCCUGCAAUAUAUCCUUGGGCCGGACAGUGGUUGGCAGCCUAUUCCUCUUACAGCAAUAGUAACAACUGCUGCUGUAAAGAAAGCUUAUAGAAAAGCCACUCUUUACGUCCAUCCUGACAAAUUGCAGCAAAGAGGAGCUAGCAUUCAGCAAAAAUACUUAUGCGAAAAGAUUUUCGAUCUUCUCAAGGCGGCAUGGAACAGGUUCAACUCCGACGAGAGGUGA